AUGGUACUCCGUCAACUCACUAUCAUUUUCAUCAUCAUCUAUGCUUUCGAGUCCUUGACAAUAAUGGCACAAAGCAGUUUCACUGUUGCCGUGCUGGGCAGAGAGUGGAUGCAGGUCAAAAGAUGGUCACCUGUGGAAAUGAUUCUCACCAGCCUGAGCAUCUGUCGUUUUUGUCUACAGUGGACAUCAAUGAUGUACAAUUUUUGCUUUCAUUUUAACCAUGAUUAUGUGCUAUUGCACUUAGGAAACAUCUGGGAAUUCACUAAUAUUCUCACAUUCUGGUUGACCAGCUUGCUUGCCGUCUUCUACUGUGUCAAGAUCUCUUGCAUCACACAUCCCAUCUUCCUCUGGCUGAGGUGGAGAAUUCUGAGGUUGGUUCCCUGGUUAUUAUUGGGUGCUCUGGUGAUUUCUUGUGUGGCAAUUAUCCCUUCAGUUAUUAGGAGUCACAUCCAGAUACAGUUAGCCCCUCUGGAGCAUAUACUCACAAACAGCACUUUGAUUGAAAGACUUAAAAUGUUUGAGCAGUAUUUUUUCAGGGCUCAUAAAAUGAUUAUGAUGACUAUUCCCUUUUUUCUGUUCCUGAUCUGCACCAUCUUCCUUAUGGCAUCUCUGAUCCAGCACUGGGAGCAAAUGCAACAGCAUAACACUGGCCACUCCAACGCCAGCCUAAAAGCUCACUCCACUGCCCUGAAGUCUCUUGUGGUCUUCUUCGCCUGCUUUGCAGCUUACUUUCUAACUGUAGUACUCACCUUUGCAGGCAUCAAACCUAUGAGAGAACCAUGGUUCUGGGCCUGGGAAGCCAUCAUUUAUGCGAUAGUUUCUAUUCAUUCCACUUCACUGAUGCUGAGCAGUCCUACCUUGAAAAAGACUAUAAGGAUGAGGUGUGGGGGCCUAGAGUCUGCCUGA